AUGCCAUACAUUCUGGUACGUGGUAAUCUUGCGUCCUACAGUCACAGAUAUCCUUGGAGAGUGCUCGUUUCUGGUUUGAAAGCGACUGACAUUGAACAAUUAACUCGUUUUGCGUCUGGUGGUUACUGCGACGAUUCAACAAUUGUUUAUUUACAACAUCCUUGUGUAAUAUUAACGGCGCUAGAAGUUCUGGGUUACAAAGUAGUUGCUUCAUCAAGUACGAGUGUAAAACAAGACUACAAUGAGUAUAUGUGGACUAUGAGAAAAGAUUUUGCGGAACCUGAGCCUGAUACAAUUGUUAAAUCAGCUUCAAUAAAAAUGGUGAAAAAACGUGGACUUGUUUGGACUUACUACCACAAAAAAGUUGAUGGAACAUCUGUGGUUGCAUUUUGCAAAUUUUGUAAUAGAUCUUACAUUCAAAAUGCAACGCGAAUGGAGAAACAUUUAGCGCGUUGUGAAAAGGCGACUCCUGAAGUUAAAGCACUAUUUUUACGUGUAUCUACAAGUAAGCGUGUAAACAGAGCACGCUUGUUGGGCGCUAAGAUUGGCGGUACUUGGAUCAAGAAAAAUGGUGAUGUCACACUUGAUAUCAGUAAUCUCACCGAAGCUGAUUUGGAGGAUAUCAGUGAGUGGAAUCGCCAGAAAGAAGAGUUGAAGGAAUUCCGUAAUCACAGUGAAAUUGUAGUACCAGCUCAGAAUGUCGAAUGCCUUGAGGAGGAAGAUGAUCCUACUUGGUCAUCAGAACAGGAUCAUUCAAAGACUAAUAAUCGUCCUUCCGAAGUUGAAGAUAAAAAAACACCUAUUAUUAUUAAAGACAACAAUGAGUACGAGUCGAUUCCUGAUCACGAUUAUGAAUUAACUGAAGAAGAAGAAGGACAACAAGUUGUUUGUUACGACGAAGAUGAUUUUGAAAAAGCACCGAUUAACGAUCCAAUGAGCACUAAGUCACCGGUAGGAGGAGGAGGAAGUUCACCUUUGAAAAAUAAAAUUCUUCAUGAACAAUUAUUAGAACGAAGAGCUUUGAGAAAAAUCGCUGAGAUAGAGUUGAAACGUAAAACAUUAGAAUUAGAACGCAGUCAAUAUGAAUUUGAACAGGAAAAAAUGUGUGGUGAAGUACGAUGGGCACAUGAAAAGCGUUUGAUGCAAUAUAAAGAAGAACGCGAGCGUAAACUAAGUCAACAAUAA